CUUUGCAGCAGCUAGGAAGGGGCGAGUGAGAGACAAGUGCCAUGAGUGAAACUGGGGACGAGUUGCCAACGGAUGGGAAUUCUCUCAUAAAAGCCGUCUACCAAAGCCGCCUUCGUCUCACCAGGCUGUUACUAGAGGGGGGUGCCUACAUUAAUGAAAGCAAUGACAGAGGUGAAACCCCCUUAAUGAUUGCUUGUAAGACAAAGCAUGUUGACUCCCAGAGCGUCAGCAAGGCAAAAAUGGUUAAAUACCUCCUGGAAAACAAAGCAGAUCCAAACAUACAGGAUAAAUCUGGAAAGACAGCCUUGAUGCACGCUUGCCUGGAACAAGCAGGCCCAGAAGUGGUUUCUCUGCUGCUGCAAAGUGGAGCCGACCCAAGCCUACAGGAUCACUCCAACUGCUCUGCCCUCGUGUAUGCAAUAAACGCUGAAGACAGAGAGACCCUGAACGUUCUUCUUCGUGCCUGCAGAGCAAGAGGCAAAGAAGUCAUCAUCAUCACCACGGACAAGUCUGCAUCGGGAAAGCAGACAACUAAGCAGUAUCUAAACGUGCCUCCUGCUGACUCUGAGGAGUCCCCUUCUCCAAGUGCUUGCACUUCCCCGUCGGAAAUAGAGCUGAAAACAUCUCCAUUUCCACUUUCAAGUACAAAUGAAACUAAAAAAGCACUUUUCAGCUUUAAAGAGCUGGAUGAUCCACGAAGCCCAGACAACUCUGCUGACCCAGUUUCUCCUACUAAAAAAUCCAGUUCAACACACAUAGGCUCCAAGCUGGUACAGGCAGAGCGGCUACAGGCCGAGCCCUGGAUGAAGAGCUCUACUUCACGGCUUCUCCGGAGCAAAGUUGCCUCUUUGCAGGAGCAACUUCAGGAUAUAACUCCAGAAGAGGAGCUCUCUUUUAAAAUCAAUAGCCUUGCACUAUCAAAGAGAUUUAUCACCAGACACCAAAGUAUUGAUGUAAAAGACACUGCUCACUUAUUGAAAACUUUUGAUCAAAUUGGAUCAAGGAAAUUAUCAUAUGAUGAAAUAAAUUCUCAGACUCUUUAUGCUGAAGGGAAACAGAACUCCAGUGGGAUUUCUGUGGGUGAGGAUUCUGAUUUGGGACAAAUCAGCUUCCUUUCAACCCUGAGAAGCAUUAUCCAGAAAAGAAAUUCAGGAGCAAAUCACUACAGCUCUGAUUCUCAGUUAACUACUAGCCUGGGUCCUAGUGCUGCAGACGAUACUAAGUCAGUGAUACGAAAGAAAAAGAUUCUUUCUCCAUCUCCCUCUUUGUUGUCAGGCUCUAGGGAAUUGCUAGAGAACAUGCCCGCUGUUUCUCUGAGCAGAAGAAAUCAAGCUUUUCUAGAAAGACGAGGUUCAGGAGCAUUGUUGUUGGAUCACAUUACUCCAAGCAGACCAGGUUUCCUUCCACCAUUAAAUGUGAAUCCUCACUGCCCAGCUUCAGAUGUUAGUUUCAUAAAUAAUGUUUCUGGGAUGAUUUCUUGUGGCCAAAAAAUUUUAGUACCAACAGCACCUGCUUUUCCUAAGGAGACCAAAAAUCAGAAAAUGCUGGUAAGGAGGCAGUCAUUACAAACUGAGCAGAUAAAGCAAUUAGUAAAUUUUUAAGAGGAGAUUAAAGGGUAACAAAAUCUUUACAAUGUGUACAUAUUCGCAGUUCUGUCUGAUUAUAAUGAUACGCAUCACAAAAGACAGAUCUAAAA